GUGUCACGCACCAGCUCAGAGGCAGACCAGACACAACAGUGGUGUUGUUUACCGAGGGGAGCGGAGUCACUCUCGACGAGUAGAUAUACGGUAUUUUAAGCGGCCAUUUGGACCAACCAGCUCUUUUAAAGUGUUAACGACGUCUUCUUGUACAAUGGAGAGACAAACACUGACCGCUCGGGUGUUUCUGUGUGUCGCUGUGCUGUGUGUUAGCUUUGUUAGCCACGGGGCAUGCCAAACACCCACACCGCCACCAACUCCCUGCUCUGCCUACAGUAGCUGCGACACCUGUGUACCACAUGCAAAGUGUCUGUGGUGCUUCACCACCAAAAACUGCACAGAAUACCCGGUGAGCUGGUUGCUUCCCCCGGCGUCGGUGUGCCAGCUGUCCCAGGCCCGAUGGGGAGUGUGUUGGAUGAACUUUGAAGCCCUGAUCAUCGCCAUGGCCGUCCUGGGUGGAACCAUCCUCAUCAGCAUCGUCAUGUGUUGCUGCUGCUGCUGUUGCUGCAAGAAGCGAAAUUCAAGGCCUGACAGAGAUGACGAGAGAUUUGCCAGGAGGAGAGAGGAGAUCAAACAGCGCACUGAGGAAAGGAAAGGGGAGAGAAGAGCCAGACACGAUGAGAUCCGCAAGAAGUAUGGUCUGGUUGGUGACUCGGACCACCCAUACAGCAAGUUUGAGAACGAGUAAAGCAGCUGCACUGGAAGAGAUCCACGGGCUUCAUGUGGAGCCGCUCUUUACUUUUAGCUUGGAGUGCUGCCUGUCUCUCAGAUAAACAAUGAGCUACAUAACACAGAGUGCUGUUGUUCACAUUAAUCCACAAAAAUCACAGUUUCACCCCUUUCCAAACAUUAACAAACCUGAUGGUAGAAAAUCUGUCUUUGUUGUUCUGUUCGUGAUUCCUGAUAAGGAUGCAGUGUAGUAUAUUGAAUGAAUGUCCAAUCUUUUUUUUUUUAAACGUCCUGCAAACUUUCUUCGUUCUUUAUACGAGUAGGUUCUUUUUAAAUAUCAUAGUUUCAUAUCUUUGCACUUUGCACAUACAGUACUGACAUCAAAUGAAACAGAAUGAUUGUACUGCGGAUGUGUUCUGACACAUGAAUUAAAGUAUUCUCUUUUAACAA